AACUUACCUUCUCAUCACUGUAAAAUUUGCAAACUUCUACUACUGUUUAUUAAGAAAAAAAAUAUUAAUUUUUGUUUAAAUAAUGUCAUUUGGUUUUAGUCCGUGUAAUUCAAUAAAUUGCAAUCAACUUGGAACUUUGCAAUGUCCAACUUGUAUAAAAAUUGGCAUAAAAGAUUCAUUUUUUUGUACUCAGGAUUGUUUCAAGGCCAAUUGGAAAGAACAUAAAAUUUUACAUAAACUUGCAAAGGGAGAAGGAACAAAUAAAUCUGGUGAUUAUAAUCCAUGGCCUCAUUAUCGUUUUACUGGGGAAUUACGCCCUUUUAAAAAAGAAUCACGUCGUUUAGUACCUCCAUCAAUUGCACGUCCAGAUUAUGCUACACAUCCUGAAGGAAUUCCUCUAGGUGAACAAGAAGUUAGAGGUUCAUCUUUAAUUAAAGUUUUAGAUGAUGAGGAAAUUGAGGGAAUGCGCAUUUCCUGUAAGCUUGGUAGGGAAGUUCUUGACGAAGCGGCAAAAGCUAUUGAAGUUGGAGUUACAACAGCAGAGAUCGAUAGAAUUGUGCAUGAAGCAUGCCUCGAAAGAGAUUGCUAUCCUUCGCCUCUUAAUUAUUAUGAAUUUCCCGCUAGUUGUUGUACUUCUGUUAAUGAAGUAAUUUGUCAUGGUAUUCCUGAUAAUAGACCAUUAAAAGAUGGUGAUAUUUGCAAUGUUGAUGUAACAGUUUAUCAUAAUGGAUUUCAUGGCGAUUUGAAUGAAACAUUUUUCGUUGGUAACGUUAAGCCAGAGGUGAAAAAACUUGUUGAGGUCACACACGAGUGUCUUUCGAAAGCAAUUGACAUUGUGCGACCUGGCGAAAAAUAUAGAGAAAUUGGUAAUAUUAUUCAAAAACAUGCACAAGCACAUGGAUUUAGUGUUGUUAGAAGUUAUUGCGGCCAUGGAAUUCAUCGUCUUUUUCAUACUGCACCAAAUGUUCCUCAUUACGCAAAAAAUAAAGCGGUUGGUGUAAUGAAAGCGGGACAUUGUUUUACAAUUGAACCGAUGAUUUCACAAGGAACAUGGAAAAGUGAUACGUGGCCGGAUAAUUGGACAGCUGUUACAACCGAUGGCUUAUGGUCUGCACAAUUUGAACAAACUUUAUUGGUCACAGAAACAGGAUGUGAUAUUCUAACAAAACGACGUACCCACGAUGGAAAACCAUGGUUUAUGGAUAAAAUUUAAUCGGAAUAGGACUUACCAUUUUUUUUUUCGUGUGUAUUUGUGUGAAAGAAGGAUUUCAUAGACUAUAAAAAUUCUAAUCCGGUAAGAUUUUUAAUUAAUAUCAUAUAUAAUUGAUUUAUCCUUCCAAAAGCACUAAUUCUCGUGUAAAUAACACGUUAAAGGAAAGAAAAUAACGUGAAAUAAAAAGCAAAAAUAAAAAAUAUAGAAAAUA